CCCCUUACAUGUUCCGUUCUGCUCGACGAUCGUUCGAGUUGAAACCAAACCUUACUUCCUCUCUCGAACCCUACAUUGAAAGAAGAUGGUGUUGAUCGAGCAAGAGACCCUCAUCAAAGACGAACCAAAUCUACCGUCUUCAUCCUCACCGCAAAUAGCUGCGACGGAGGCGAAACAAGUCCACGACGGAGAUGAUUCCGACGGAUUCGAAACUGCCAGCGAACGUGAAGAAGACGAUAGCAUAAACGACGCCGUAACGAGCCAAGAGGAACCACCACAUCAGGAGAAAGCCAUGAAAGAAGCUAAUGAAGCUAAAGUGGAAGGAAACAGUAUGUUCGUUAAUGGGCUUUACGAAGAGGCCUUGUCAAAGUAUGAUCUUGCGUUAGAGCUUGUUCAGGAGUUUCCUGACUGCACAGAGCUUCGUUCCAUAUGCCGUUUAAACAGAGGAGUGUGUCUCCUCAAACUGGGUAAGUACGAAGAGACGAUCAAGGAAUGCACAAAAGCGUUAGAGCUGAAUCCUACUCCUAGGGUUGGGGUCAUUACACCUACUUACGCUAAAGCCUUGGUUCGCAGGUCAGAAGCACACGAGAAGCUUGAACACUUUGAAGAAGCUGUCGCUGAUUUGAAGAAGAUCUUAGAACUUGAUCCUUCGAAUGAUCAAGCUAGGAAAGGGAUUCGACGCCUUGAACCUCUUGCUGCGGAGAAGCGAGAAAAGAUGAAAGAAGAGGCUAUAACUAAGCUGAAGGAGAUGGGAAACUCAAUUUUGGGUCGAUUUGGGAUGAGCAUAGACAACUUCAACGCUGUUAGAGAUCCCAACACUGGCUCCUACUCUCUAUCCUUCCAAAACUAGUCACUAUAUCAUUAUGUUGUUCUUUCUACCGCUUGAUUUAUAGCAACAAAAUGGUUAAUAUUGCAAUGUGUUAUGUUCUUGACGCAUUGGUAGUGAAAUGAUGAGCAAUCUUUUUGGAUUUUA